AUGUCUCCAGUUGCUACCUCUCCCCACGAUUCUCAAGUAUCCAACGGUGUUCCUGUGCAUUUGUCGUCUGCGGACCACAUUCGUAUGGAGCACGAGUAUGCCGCUCACAACUACCAUCCCUUGCCUGCUGUGUUUGACCGUGCCAAUGGCGCAAUAGUAUGGGACCCGGAAGGGAAAGAAUACAUCGACAUGCUGUCGGCUUAUUCGGCUGGCCAUUGUCACCCUAAGAUAGUUGCCACGCUCAUCGAGCAGGCCCAGAAACUCACUCUGUCUUCUCGGGCAUUUUACAACUCUAUUUUUACCCGAUAUGCUCAGCAAAUCACGGAGAUGUUCUCCUAUGGGAGCGUCCUUCCGAUGAACACGGGAGCCGAGGCAGUCGAGACUGCUGUCAAACUCGCGAGGAAAUGGGCGUAUAUGAAGAAGGGAGUUCCAGAGGGAAAGGCCAUGGUGUUGAGUGUCGAAGGGAAUUUUCAUGGCAGGACAAUCGGAGUUAUCAGUCUGAGCACUGACCCGGAGAGCCGGGGAGGUUUCGGGCCAUAUCUCGAGGGCGUAGGACCCACGUUCCGCGACAACGGUACCGUGCGAACGAUUCGCUUCGGUGUUAUAGAGGAUUUGGAGCGUGCACUGGAGCUAUAUGGAGAGUACGUCGCAGGAUUCUUGGUGGAGCCUAUCCAAGGCGAAGCAGGCAUCGUUGUUCCACCCACUGGCUACCUCGCGCAAGUCCGCAAGUUGUGCACGAAAUACAAUGUAUUGCUGAUUUGCGACGAGAUCCAAACAGGACUUUGCAGGACUGGCAAGAUGCUGUGUUGCGAGCACGAGAAUGUCAGACCGGACAUCGUGUUAUUGGGCAAGGCUCUCUCUGGUGGAGUGUACCCCGUCUCCGCGGUGCUUGCCGACAAAGAAAUCAUGUACUGUAUUGGUCCAGGUGAACAUGGAAGUACCUACGGCGGCAACCCUCUUGGGUGUGCAGUAGCGAUGACGGCACUUCGUGUUCUUGUCGACGAGAACCUCUCCGAGCGCGCUGAACGUCUUGGAGAAAUCUUCCGUUCGGAGAUGAAGGCGGUGAAAUCGCCACUGGUGAAGGAGGUUCGCGGCAAGGGUCUGCUGAACGCAGUCGUGAUCGACGAAGAGAAGAGCAUUAAGGGAAGGUCUGCUUGGCAGUUCUGUUUGCUGUUGAAGAGCCGUGGCGUGCUUGCGAAGCCGACACACGUGAACAUCAUACGCUUCGCCCCACCUCUCGUGAUCUCUGAGGAAGACCUCCGAAAGGCUAUCAAAGUGAUUGCCGAGUGUCUCGAGGACCUUGAUAAACUCGAUGAUAUUCCUGGUGAAGUCGAGAGCGAGAAAGGGCAUACAGACACGAUCACCAAUUAACUUUUUCCUAUCGGAAUGUUGGCGGUAGGGUAGGUGGGUAACCAGUUGUCGUUUUAUGUUGUCAUACAUACAUGUAUCGGUACAGUGUACUAAAGACGAGAAGUAUACAUAGUGCACGCAAGUCGAAACACUAGUGAAAGUGCUAGUUUAACGGUACAGGUUACGUCAUUCGAAUGUCGUCGCUCCACCGGCCUCGUCCCCCACCCUCGCAGGAUCAGGCACAAUCAAGUCGGCAGCCUGGGAACACCGUUGCCACGUGUCCGCUGUGCCGCCGACCGCCAAGUUUAGUGUGUAUGGCUACCGAAUGACCUCGAA